AUGAACUCCACACACAACUACCAUGGAAUGCACCCCUCUCUCCACUUCUGGAACCACAGCUAUGUCUUGCACAGCAGUGCCAAUGACUCCCUCGGCAAAGGUUACCUGGACGGGGGCUGCUACGAACAACUUUUUGUCUCCCCAGAGGUGUUUGUCACCCUGGGCAUCAUCAGUUUGUUGGAGAACAUCCUGGUGAUUGUGGCAAUCGCCAAGAACAAGAAUCUCCACUCCCCCAUGUACUUCUUCAUCUGUAGCUUGGCCGUGGCAGACAUGCUGGUGAGCGUCUCCAAUGGAUCAGAGACUAUUGUCAUCACUCUGCUAAACAGCACUGACACAGAUGCACAAAGUUUCACAGUGAAUAUUGACAAUGUCAUUGAUUCAGUGAUUUGUAGUUCCCUGCUUGCCUCUAUUUGCAGCCUGCUCUCUAUUGCAGUGGACAGGUACUUUACUAUCUUCUAUGCUCUCCAAUACCAUAACAUCAUGACAGUUAGGCGGGUUGGAAUCAUCAUCACUUGUAUAUGGGCUGCUUGUACAGUGUCGGGGAUAUUGUUUAUCAUUUACUCAGACAGCAGUGCUGUCAUCAUCUGCCUCAUUACUAUGUUCUUCACCAUGCUCGCUCUCAUGGCUUCUCUCUACGUCCACAUGUUCCUGAUGGCCCGACUUCACAUUAAGAGAAUUGCGGUUCUCCCAGGCACAGGCACCAUCCGCCAAGGGGCCAACAUGAAGGGGGCUAUUACCCUGACCAUCCUGAUUGGGGUUUUUGUGGUCUGCUGGGCCCCCUUUUUCCUGCACCUGAUCUUCUAUAUCUCCUGUCCCCAAAACCCAUACUGUGUGUGUUUCAUGUCCCAUUUCAACUUUUAUCUCAUCCUCAUCAUGUGUAAUUCCAUCAUUGAUCCCCUCAUUUAUGCCCUCCGUAGUCAAGAACUGAGGAAAACCUUCAAGGAGAUCAUCUGUUGUUAUACUCUGGGAGGCCCUUGUGAUUUGGCUGGCAGAUAUUAA